AAAAGUGAAUAAAUAUAAGGCUUCCGGUUCACACACUCUUCAACGCAAAAUCCAAUAUGUGAAGGCCAAGCGAAGUUGUAAGUCACUGAAAACCCAAAGUAUCUUUGUUAAAACAAUGUUUCAUGUUGGCUACCUUACACUACAGUCUUCGAUUUCUUUAAACUAUUUCUAAUACUACUAACAACUCGGCACUUCAAAUCAUGCUGCUAUAUUUAAUUACUUUAUUGCAGUUUUUUUUUUUUUAAAUGUUAAUGUUCUGCCUUUAUCAACGUCAUUGUCCCUUGCCCACAGUCAAAAAUUGUUCAUUGAUCCAAGAAACACUGUGUGGCCUUCAGAAUGUAAUAUAGAGCGUGUGCAUCUGCGUGUGUUUUCUCAUUGACAGUUUUUCGAUACAUUUUUACCGCUUACAUGUUCAUGAAGCAGACUUGGCGCUAUCCACGUAGCUUCAAAUAUGUAAGUUACAAUGUAACGGGAAUAAAGUGCGCGGUACUGGAAAGUAGAUUUGUUUUUUUUUUGUUUUUAAAGAAGAGUUGAUGGGAGGGGGGGGGUUGGAGGGGGGGGGGCUAGUAAUGUACUAUAGAUCUACGAAAAUAAAUCUCUUCUUUAUGAAUAACAUUGUCUACAGUGGUUCUCAUCCCCUGCCGCGGCCCUUUAAUACAGUUCCUCGUGUUGUGGUGAACCUCAACCAUAAAAAUGUUUUUCAUGUGCAACUUUAUAAAUGUAUUUUCCGGUGGUCUUAGGCGACCAUGGGCGCCCGCAGAAAAUUUUCUAGGGGGGGGGGGCACAAAAAAUCGAUUAACUUUCCAGAGGAAACAGAUUGCUUACAAUGUGACGGCUGAGGUAUUUCUUAACUGAUGGUUGGGGGGUGGGGGACAGAAAAAAUCGAUUAACUUUCCAGGGGGGGGGGGGAUUUUUUAGUAAUGUUUUAAUUUAGUUUUAAUUUACUGUAGCGUAUUUGUAUGGUGAAUGAAAGACCAGGACAUCAGCUUAGUUACUUUCUCUUUAUUUUCUCUUUACUUUAAUAAUUUUUUGUCUAAAAAAAUUUUAUCCAAUCAAUCCAGGGGGGGGGGGCAAGUGCCCCCCUUGCCAUCCCCCCUGCGGGCGCCCAUGUAGGCGACCCAUGGGUAAGGGUUGUUCGGCCAACAAAGGGGUCGUGACCUACAUGUGAGAACCGCUGGCUCAGAUACUUUUAAAUUUAUAAGAAAUCAGUGCCGAAUUUAAACCCCCAUAAGGGGCCAUAAGUUCACGUAUCAUAUGCCAGAUCAUCAAAGCAUCUUCAUUUAGCCUUAGGGACAGUUGAAGUAUUAUAUAACGCGAAGGAUGUGGUAGUUAAUCAUUUUGAUUGUGGGUUGUUGUUUUUUUUUUGUUGUUGUUUUUUUGUGGGGGGGGGGGUGGGGUUGGGGGGGGGUACUGAGCAAUCUUGAAUAACAAUUAUUAUUUAUUUUUGUUAAUUUAAUUCUUACUUUUCUAAAAUGUAUGCUUUUCAAUUUUUUCAAACUAGCCAAGCUAACUGACAACCAACUUGUAUCUUUUGCUAUUACAAAUUAUAAUAAUUAGCAAUUUUUUUUUAAAUAAAAUAAUUUCUGGCCAUUUCCUUGAAAUUGAAAUUUGCUUGCUUCCAGGGGUGGACUGGGGAGUUCAAGCGGCCCGGGAAAAAAUCAAAGCGGCCCGGGAAAAAAACUAAACCCGGCCCUAUCUUCAUGACUUUUAUUUUUAUUAUAUCACCGGUCCUAGCGGCCCAUCGGGAAUCUUCCCGAUGUCCCAGCGGCCCAGUUCACCCCUGCUUGCUUCGUCUUCUUAAAUGGUGUGUUAUUAGUUAUAGUCUUUCCUGAAGGUCUCAAACGAAAAAAAAAUCAUAUUAUUCUGAUAUGUAAUACAGAGCUAUCGUUUAUAUAGGGCAUAUAAUAUCAUAAAUCACUGCGGCGAUAAACGAAUCAAAUUAAUUCGGUAUUUCAUUUAAAGGUUCGAGCACGAGUGCAUGGUCCCAUGUAGUGUAAACAUGAGCAAAAAGCAAGGCAAGAAUCGUAAAAAGGCGAGGCGCGCUUCCGAAGUCAGCCAUGGCACGAGCGACAUCAACGAAAACAGCCCCAGUCUAGAGCGCCGAGGGCGCUGCAAGUCUAGCCUCAGUGACGGUGAUGAUGAUCUUUUUGGUGGACUGUAAGUAUAGACUGUGGCCAUUUGAGACAAUUCAUUAGAGUGAGCCCGCACCGAGGAAAUUCUGGGCCCCAGGCAGCUGACAGAGUUCGGGCCCCUUUCGUGUUUCAAACAUGUGCGUAUAUUUUAAAACGCCACUUAAAAGGGCGGGCUGCGAUCUAGCUCGGGCCCCUGACAAGUGCCAAGGAUGUGCUCCCCCCCCCCCCCAAUUUUUUAGGCGCGGGCCUGAUUAGAGCACCAAUCGGUCAGACAGAAAUUUAGUGAUCAGACAUGACAGGAACUGCCUAUGGCCAAUGACUUGCACGCGUUCCAAAUAUGGCAUUGCAAACUUUUUUUAAUUUUUUAAAAAUUUUUGUAACUUAAGGGCCAUCCAUUUAAAGAAAAUGUGCAUAAAUAAAUAUAAAACUUAAAUUUCUUCGCCUUUCUUUCAACAUCAAAGUAUCUACGUUUACUUUCUUUUCUGUCACACCACAUGAGCUAUAUAAUUAUAAUGGCGUAUGAAGGUGGCGAGGUCCACCUUGGGUGGCAAUUUUUCCAUUCAUAUUGAGGGAUGGCAUUUUCGGAAAACGGCAGAGGUUAUUUUUAUUCUAAAUGGAAUUGGGACGAAAAAAAAAAAAAACUUUGCCCGCCCCGUAUUUCUCUAAUCUCACAGCAACGCUACUAAGCAGUGGCGUAGCGAGGGGUUUGGCGCCCGGGGAUAAGAUCCAUUUUUAGCGCCCCUUUUUCUUUUUUCAACUCUCAAACCCAUUAUUUUCAGCAAUAAAAUAAUAUCAAAGCACAUUUUGGCGCCCCUCACUAGCUGGCACCCGGGGACAUCUGUCCCCCCCUGCCCCCACCAGGCUACGCCUCUGCUACUAAGGCUAUGACCUUCAUUUCAUAGUUUCAUAAUCCUAAAAAAAAAAUUACUAAUUUUUACAAAGAGUUUUUAUUUUAUCCAUACUUGACCCUUCUUGAACGGAGAAGUUGUUACUUAGCCGAUAAGUUAGUUAAUAAUUCUAGUUCAGGGGUCGGUAAUCAUUUUUGAGUAUGGCCCCUUAUAGAUUUUUCUAAGCCAAACUUUUUAUGUAAUCCUUUAAAGACCAACAUGCGACUCAUCAGGCAACAUUUUUAGAUUGAUUUAAUUUUUCAAUGUACCCUGUCGUCUGAUCUAACGCCUUGGUUGAUGUCUCUCAUAUUCCAUUUAGCUACAAUUUAACAUUAUUGUCUGAAAUUUGAGCUAUUUUCAUGUUUUAAUUAUUAUCAAUUUUCAAUUCAUCACGUAAUGUACGGUUCGACACCUAAUACUAAUAUGUGUCAACUUAAGACUUAAGUCUAGAAAGAUCACGAAAGCAGUUAUUAUACUGUUAAAAUUGGGUGCGACCAAUCGUUUAAUUUAAGACAUAUUCCUAGGCACUUAGAAAUAGAAGUAAAACAUAUUUUGAUUGGUCGGCCUUGUAUGACGUAGUACACAGAAUUUUCGCUUGUUCUACGCAACCAGAAGUCUGGACCUUAAAAGAUUGACAAGACUCAACAAAUAUUUGACAUUCAUUUGUAUAAAGAUUUCAAGAAAUCUAGAAGUAAUUUGACGUUUAAUAAAUCAUGCUUGGCUCUUCUUUAUUCGAUGAUCCAUUCUUCACGUGAGUAUUUAGACAAGAUUUACAUUAUAUAAUUCGUUCCCUGGUUGUCAUCUGGAAAUGACAAUUCGACAAUAUAAUAUUAGUAAUAGUCGCCAUCAUUGGCUUGACGUUAUUGAUAUUUUUAGUUCCUUGUGCCGUGUAAAACGUUACUGACUGAAACGUUACAUUAGCCCUAUGGCCUACUAAUGUCACUAAUGAGUCUAGUAAUACUUUAGAGCGAAUAUCGUAUAAAUAAAUAGUGAAAAUUAAUCGUAUUAAAACUAAUAAAAGGCACCCAAUAAUAUUAGUAUUUUAUUAGGCCAAGUAUUCAACGCCCUUGCUUUAGCCUUAGUCUUAGCCUUAAGUUCUUAAGCCAUAUUAAAAUAACCUUAUGCCGCAACUUGUUCUCACAGAACUCAGUACAGUGAGUUGUGAGUUAGUCUUAAAUUACAAUUACCUUCAUAUGUCUUAUCUAAACAUAAGUUACUAAGUAAGUAAUUUAAAUUAUUGCCCAUACUAUUUUCUGUAGGCCUAAUUAAUUGAUAGUUGUGGUAAAGUACAGUUGAGAUAGCAGCAUGGCCUAGACUCUAGUCAAUAGUGCAUGGAAUAAUUAGUAAUAAGGUGACAUCACUUAGCAUAGGGGAAUCCCAGCACUGAACUUAGAGGGUGAAAGGACUAACAGUUGGACCUGAACGAUGUGUAUAAUUUCUUUCCUGUUAAUCUCUUUUCCGUUAAUCAUUAUCAUUAAACAUUAUUCUUGUCAUAAAUAAAUCUUGCCAUCAAAACAGUUAAUAUGAAGAAAUGUAUUAAAUUUCCAUUUGCAAACUUAAACUUACAAGGUUUAAAAGAAAUUUUAAAAAUAAACUCAUUCUUGCUGUUACCCCAAGAUGAACACCGGAAAAACGAUUAGCCCAUUGUUAAAAGUGCUUUCUUGUGAAUAGUGGAAAAAUGAUGUAACUGUAUGAUACUGUAAAUGUAUGCUAUUUAUUUCUAUCGGUAUCAGUCAUGUUGCAAUUUCAUGGGGACAUUUCAACAUAAUUUUCUGGGAAGGGUAGACCCCUCCCACCUCUUUCAAGACAAAAAUGUACAUGAGUAGAAAAAUUGACUUGAGGAAACUCCGUGAUCUAUUUACCAUGGAAGCAGUCGCCGGUCCUACCCCUAACUACAUUUUAGCCCUGCUAUUUUCACAAAAUUAUCAUGGCUAAUGUCUUACAUCAUGUAAGCCAAAAUAUUAUUCCGUUUUAUAUUUCUGAAGCAUUCAUACAUUACUUUAGUUGUGCAAUUUCAAGUGUAUAAACAAAUAGCCUAAAUCAUGAAAUAAUGUUGUCAAAUUCAGACAGAAGUUAUUUUGGCUUAGGGCAGCAAGCCUCUGGGCCUUUAAAAAGUAUAAUAUCAUAGUCAGUCAUAGUCAUACUAUCAAUAUGCCUAGGCCUAUUUUUAUUUAUUAAUUUGUCAUUGCUAAGACUAUUUAUUAAUUAAUAACUAAAAGUAGAAGACUAAGAUAUUAAUUAUUAUUAUCAGCUUCAAUUUGAUAUUCCAUAAAUGUAGUUUAAUAAACUGUUUCAGUUUUUUUAAAUGAGAUUUAUGAGCAACUUAUGUAACAUCAUUUUGCAAACAAUUUUCUUUUGUAGUAGGUUGGUUACUUUGAUUAAUUAGAAGGCAUCAGUCCCUAAAUCACAGUGAUAAACUCAGUUUAAAAGCCAGUGAUAUCCAAUGCAAUUGUACUGCCAUCCACUUUGAUAAACUAAAAAUUGUGCCAAAACAAUUAUUUUAUCCAGUAGUACAAGUACUGCUAUAAUUCACAUUACUGAUACUUAAUCAGAAUAUGGGGAUGGCAAACUUCUGUUACCUAAACAUUGGUGAGAACAGUGACCAACUUUUUUAUUUAGCCAAUUUUAUUCCUAAGCUACACACGUUUCUAUUGACAGAUGACAUGUCUUAAUAGAUAAGAUCUGUUUUUUGUUUUUUUAAAUUGCAGAGUGUCUAAAGAAGUCACUACCCAGUGUUACAAAAUUUAAAAGUUUUAAGAAGGCAGGAAUUUAAAAGAAAAAGAAACAGUUUUAAUUUAAUAUACUUGUCCAGUGGUGGGCAAACUCUUUAGUCAAAAGAGCCAAAUAUCAGUAGUAGGGCGAUUAAAAAAAUUUUUAGAGCCAAAUUUCGUUUCAAGAACAAUGUUUUUCAGAGUCAAAAACAAUUUGUGGCUACUGGCCGAGCCGCAUUCUGGCUGACCAAGAGCUGCAUGAGGCUCGCGAGCCAAGAUUAGCCGACCACUGAACUAGUCCAUAACCUGGUUGUUGAGUAGAGGGUGAGGGGGGAAAAACAGAACCCUUAUUGAAGAAUUUGACAAUUCUAAGGAUUAAUGCAUUUUUCUAAGUGCCAUUAAUGAAAUAAUGGUCAGGUGGGGACAUUGACUGUAAUAUGCUACUAAACCAUCGCAAUGUGAAGUUAAAUUAUCUGAUUUAUGUGUCAUGGUUGGCAUGAGACAGACCAUGACAGUGUCAUAACUUUAGUCCUAAUGAAUAUUUUCACAAAUUACUAUUGCUCAACAACAGCCUGUCACUAUCAUCUUAUAUUGGUCCUGAUUCUUCAUUGACAAUCAAGAUCUUUGAAAUAUUUUAAAACCAUUACCAUCAUAUUCUUUAUGACAUAUUUUGUUGCCACAAAUCAUUUAAAUUGUUAGGCACUAGACCAGCAUUUCCCAACCUGAUUUUUUUUUAAAGUGUUUCUUUUCAUUGGAAGUGUUCACUAACAAAUUGAGCCGAACAUACUUUAAAUACAUUUAAUAGUUCAGUUAUAAAAGGCUUCAUUCAAUUUUCCAUUGGUGUAUGACUAUUCAGGUCUGUUGGAAAUGAGGAUAUUGCCUUAAUUAUUUUUUUUCACACACUAUGUUUUACAAAAGUUUGUGCCAUAAUUUGAGUUAGUUUUGAUAUAAGAUUGAAUGAUUAUGUCUGAAUUGAUAAUUGAAUCUUCAUCCCAUGAAUUAUUUUUUUUUUGUAGUGGUCAUCAGGAGCACUUCAGGCAGAUGAACCAUGUGUUCAGAGACCCCUUUGCAGGCUAUGGAGGGGGCUUGUUAUCACUGACAGAUGGGAGAUCAGACCAUAGACGUCAACAACAGCAAGCGCAGAAUAUGCAGAUUGCUGGGCAGAGUCUUUUCAUGGAUCCUUUUGCUCAUUUUGGCUCCAUGUUCUCUAACAUGAGGUCUAUGAUGACUGACAUGCACAGAGCCUUUGUAAGUAAACCUUGUUCAACAGAGUUAACUCCACAUUAUCACACUUGCAGAUGUUAAUCUGCAGUUAGUUGUUAUUUCAAAACCUUGCAUUUAUUCUUUCAUAAAUAUGUUUUAUUGAGUGUGGGUGGAGUGUCAUGAUUAGAAAAAGAUCCAUGUAUUAGUGUGGGAACAUCUUUGUUGUUGUGUGUAUAAAAAUGCAGUGUAUAUCUUUUAAAUAGUAAUAAUCCCUCCAAGACUAGGCUUUUAUUUCCUGCAAAAAUAUUUAUUGGUUCAACUUAAUUUUACUUGUAUUGGUAAUUUGUUUCUGUUUUAUAAUUUAAGGAACACACAGCUAACGAUCCCAAUGCUCAAGUAUAUCAACAUUCAUCUUUUAUGUCUUACUCUAACACUGGUAAUGGUGCCCCAAAAGUCUAUCAAGCUUCCACCUCUUCAAUGCAAGGCCCUGGUGGUGUAAGUUGGCAGUUUUAUAUUUUGAAAUUUUUUAAAGAAGUUCCUAAAUCUAUGUUAUGCUUUAUGAAACAUUUUAGUCACUUUUUAGUGAAAUCAAUGUAUUUCAGUGAAGACUUUCCUUUCAACAAGCACUACGUGUGACCUGCACCCAUUCAUAACAAGAUUAUCGCAGCCAAUGAGUUAACUUGUAUUCCCAUAAUUUCAUAUCACUAGAAAAUAUGUGCAUAAAAUAUUACGGCACAUCUAAGCACACAUGUCCUCGGCAGAGUUUUAUCACUUUGGGUAGAAUCUUCAAGUUGGAGGACCCUUAGGGUAAAUUUGCAUUAAUGAAAUCUGUUUAUUCAUUUCAUUUGUAGGUUAAAGAAACUAGAAAAGCUGUGCGUGAUUCUGAAACAGGCUUAGAAAAAUGUGCUGUUGGUCAUCAUAUCAAAGACAGAGCACAUAUAAUAGAGAGAAGUCGUAAUGCAAGAACUGGAGAAGAGCAUGAAAACCAAGAGCUUAUUAAUUUAGAUGAAGGUAAUUAUCAAUAGUUUAAUUUUGUUUAUUUUGCUGGUAAAAACAUACAAGUUUGUUGAUAAAAUUUUAUGUUGACAAUUGGGUCAAGUUUGAAGCAGUGAAUUUAGUUGUUUUUGCUGAUGAAGUUUUGAAUUUCAUUGAACCCUCUUGAAUAAAAUAUCUUCAGCGCAGAAUAUUUUUAUUGAAAAAAACUAAAUAUACAAUUCUAUUGUUGUUUAAGUCUGGUCUAUAAUUCUCCCUUUCAGAAGAAGCACAGCCCUUUGAUCAGGAGUACCAAGAUAAAUGGCGCAGCACAAUGAGGGGUAUUGACCAGAGGCGGAGAAUAGAACGCUCUCGACAUUCCCCUGCAGCAAUUGCAGAUUCAGCUCACAGAUCACGUUACGCAGCGUUGCCAGAGCCUGAGGCACGUAGGCCUAGGAAAUCCAGUGCUCGAAAAGAGUAAAACUUAUCAUUUCUCUCACCGUCCUGAGACAUUUUUAUGAUUGUCAGCAGAGUACUGGAAAGAUUUAAUUUUGCCCCAGCUGAUUGAUUUAUGCAAACUAUUGAAAAAGCAAAUAAAUUGACAGUACCGGUUAGAGACACUGGUUAGAGAUGUUAGCACUUCUAUAACAAAGCUCGGAAAUGGUAAUGACUGGUUGUGGCCUGUUCUCAAGUGCAGCAGUAUUCUGUAAUACAAUUUUAUUCGUACAAAUUGGCUGAUCCCAGGAAAAAAAGGACAUGGUGGCAGCUCUUUUCUUUGCACAUUAAUGUUCUUUAAAAUAUGACUGCUAGCAAUAAAAUUUACUCAAUGGGUUUUUGUUUUGUGGGAGAAAUACAUUUUUGUCAUGGUAUUUAUAAAAGAACAUGAUUUGGCAGGAAACAAAAAUGGGCAUAGUGGAAAACGGGGUGCGUUAAUAUUUUAUUUUUUACUUCAUCUCUAAAAUCCAUCAAAGGUGUUUGCCUCAUUUAUUUUUAAUUAAAAACAAAAACACAGUUUGCUCCUGACAUACAAAUCAUUGAUUUUUUUUCAGUGUCAUCAGUUGUAGUUCAUAUUAGUCUUGUUAUUCCACAUUAACAAUUAGCCUACUUAAUUCCAAUAUGUUAAGCAUUCAGUUGAGCCACUACCCAAAAACUGUAAAUAAUGUAACUUUUUUUUUAAUUUUACAUAAUUUUAUUUCUUUAAAAAUAAAUAUAAUUUAAGCACAUUCAUAUAGAUUUAUCUUUAUUUUUGUAUUGUUAUAAUUAUAAUUGAUUAGUGACUGUUUCAUAUUAAAUGUUAUCAUAUAUUUAAUAAUGAAUUUUAAUUUUUUUGAAUUCUCCCCCACAUUUUUGUUUUGUUGCAAAUAUUCACAAAUCUUUGAAUGGAAGCAUUAAAUUAAAUUCUUUCAUUUAUGUCCACUGAGUUUCUCUUUUGCUCUCUGAAGUAAAUGUUUAAAUCUCUGGGUUCAAUUUUUCUCUGUUAAGGUCACACAAAAAAAUGGUUUGCCACUUGGGGUAUUGUUACUCUCUUCUGUGAAUAUUUGCAGUCAAUUGAGGUUUUGUAUUAUUAAUUAUUGAUGAAAAUUUGAUCCUUGGAGAUUGUGCCAAUAUUUACUUGAGGAUUGAAUAAAAAAUUUUUAAAUGCGUUAUGAGAAGCAAGCGGCUUUUGUUGAUGUCGAUGAUGAUAUACUAAUGUAAGAAAGAUCCUUCAAAAAUGUCAAUGGUAAUUAUACUAAUGUAAGAAAGAACUUUAAAAAUGCCAAUGGUAACAUACUCAUGUAAGAAAGAACCUUCAUCCAGUUAAUCCUGAAAUUCCCCAAUUGUAUUUUUGGCACACUCUCUCACUGAAGGAAAUUUCACGGAGCGAAUGUUAUGGGCUAAUGAAUUUCACCACCUAGCCCUUUAAAACGUGCAUUCCCAUUUCUUUUUGUUGGAAUGUUUUGUUGUUUUUUGUACAAUUGUUUGAUGUUUAUAAUUUUUAAUGAUGCUGUUGUUGUAUCACCAUAGUUCUUAAACUUAAAGGUUAAUAAAUUAAAGUUUAAAUUUUUUUUUUUAAGGAUUUCUUUGUUUAUCAAUUUUCUCAUCUGAGUACCGGUAAUGGUGUGGUUGCAUUUGUUACAGGUGAAGAUUUAUUGAAGUUGGUUGUGAAAUUUAUAGUAUAGCCAAUAUGAAAUAUUCUAGUAAUACUAGUAUCAAUUUAAUUAUUUUGAAUAUCUAUAACUAUAAGAUUAACUAAACUUGUUUUUGUUUUUUUACGCUGAAUGAAAUCACUCUGGCAGUAAAUAGUUUUUAAUUUAAACAAAUUUAAAGAUUAUGUUACACCUACGGGUACGAUUGUUUAUACCCUAUCAAAUAAGGUUUAAAGUUUCCAAGUUGUGCUCCUUAAUGAUGUUUUUAUGUGAUUAAAUAUCUGGCAUAACUUAUUUUGGUGUGAUUAUAUUUGACAGGAACCCAUAGAUAUAGAGCACACCAUCCAUCUGCCUGUAGAUAGAAGAAUCCCUUUGCUAGAUAACCUAAUGAAUUCCACCAUCUAUUACUUAAUUCAUUAGCAGUUGAGAUCUGUAGACAAGCCUCCUAAUGUUUAGAUAUGUAAUAAAGGACCUGAUCGUAC